AUGGAAACGGUACGCUCUUUCCCCCGGGACCCCAGUGCUCCCUCGAGACAUCCCUCGGCGGAGGAUUUGGACGCUGCACAGCAGCUCAUUUCGUCUGCGCAGGCGGGUCGCGAUCAUCUGGCACAAUAUGGGAAUGGUCCUGGGAUCAAAGUAUCGGGAAGUCCUCCUCCGAAUAAUCAUGGACCGUCCCCCACACCGAGCCAAUUCACGGAUAACCGUUCCAAUGGCCAGCUGGAUGGAUCCUCUCCAAAGACUCAGAAGGAUACCUCGUUUCUCGGACACUCCUGCAGCAACUGCGGAACACAACACACUCCCCUCUGGCGUCGGUCACCAACGGGUGCCAUGAUUUGCAACGCCUGUGGCCUCUACUUGAAAGCUCGCAAUGUCGCUCGUCCCACGAAACGAAAUCGGACCCAACAAAGUGCAGAUGGUGCCGAUAAACCAAAUACUCCGGUUCCCUCUCGUCCCGAAACCACGACUGGCUCAGGCGGCGGUUGCAAGGGUUCUUGCCCGGGAGGCGGAAGUUGUAACGGUACAGGUGGUGCGGAGGGAUGCGAUGGAUGCCCGGCUUACAACAAUCGUAUCUACAAGGCUGCAAACCGCGGUCCGGGCGCUGUUGUGCAGGGCUCCUGGGGCCGGACUUCUGCUCCUGAUACCGAACCUGCAUCCGCACCUCAAGAAGCCGAGACACCGGCUAAACCUACACCUUCUGAUGGGGCGUCCUCAACUCUCGUUGCUUGUCAGAAUUGCGGGACAACGGUCACUCCGCUCUGGCGGCGGGAUGAGCAUGGGCACCCCAUCUGCAAUGCCUGUGGUCUGUAUUACAAGCUUCACGGCUGCUAUCGUCCUACCACCAUGAAAAAGUCCAUCAUUAAGCGCCGCAAACGUGUUGUGCCCGCUCUCCGCGAUCAAUCUCCCACGGCUGCUACUCAUUCAUCUAAUGGCUCCUCUGCCUCUCCCGAAGCAUCUCCUGCUGGCCUGGCCCACGAUCACCAUCGAUACAUGAGCAACGAACCUAUGGAUGGCCCUCGGCAGUUGCCAUUUGCACCGCCUCCCGUAGACUUUACCGGCUUCCACAUCAGUGCCGCCCCCUUGCAUCACCACGGACUGCCAAAGCUUCUCAAUCCCGAUCGUUUGGGUCAUUCACCGGUAUCUCAAUACGGCCGCCGAUCCGUGUCUCCCAAUUCCCUACCGAAGAAACGCACACUGGCCGAGACUGCCGCGGAAGCCCUUCCUAUUCCCACAACUCUGGAAUCGGGCUCCAAUCAGUUGCCGCCUAUUAUGACCUCGGCCAACCCCUCGCCUCCCGGCCGUCUCAGUUCAAUCUCUUCUAUUCUCAAUCAAGCGGAUCCUCGCAACGAGUCCCCUCUGGGCCGUCCCCAGGCCUUUCAACCCCCCAUGCAGCCUGCACCACACCAAUCGCAGCAACUCCCCAGCAUCUCCUCCUUCUCGGAUCCCGCAGCCGAGCGUCGUGCCCAACUGGAACGCGAAGCCGAGCAGAUGCGUGAGGCAUUGCGAGCCAAGGAACGGGAACUUGCUGCAAUGGGCCGUUAA